AUGUACGAAAAAGUUUUGAUUACUCUAUCGGUACUCCCAUUUCUCGGGUCAACACAGCUUCUGGACAAUAAGUGUAUACCACCGAAAUAUGCGCCGAGAAUCAUCGGUGGUCAAAAUGCUGGAAGAGCACCUUGGAUGGCAUACUUAAUGCGAAACAGAGCUUUUGUAGGCGGAGGCUCACUAAUUGCAUACCGCUUUGUUCUUACCGCUGCUCAUUGCUCAAAACUGAACGAAACCUUAAUCGUCAGAUUGGGUGAAUAUGACUUAUCCACGACACGGGAUGGCAAAACAAAAGAUUAUCGAGCAGUAGAUAUCUAUCGUCAUCCGUAUUACAAUGCCGUCACGCAAGUCAAUGAUAUAGCUCUGCUCAAACUGGAUCGUCCUGUGAUAUACACAGCGACAAUCAGACCGAUUUGCAUUCUACUGAACCCCGGCGUUAGAUUUGUCAUAAACAAAAUCAAGCUCUUUACCGUGACGGGCUGGGGUCAGGCAUCGAGAUACCCUAGAAUGCCGACGAAGCUGCAGCAAAUGACUGUUCGUCGAUACAGCUACUCGCAUUGCUACAACCAGCCGGGAAAACUGUGUGCCAGUAAUCCUGCACAGUUCGCGUGCAAAGGAGACGCGGGGAGUCCUUUGGGCGCUCAGGUGCGAUACAAUGGCACCACCAUCUUUGCCCAAUUCGGAGUGGCCAGCACAUUCACCAACAACUGCAAGGCUUAUGGCAUUUACACCGAUCUUCUAUACCACACAUACUGGAUCGCCGAAACAAUGCAACACAAUUGGUACUAG